AUGGGUGGCUUGAUGGGUAUUGUAUCUGGCAGCAGGACUGGUGCCACAGCGUGUGCUGAAUCGGGCAGCAGGACUGGUGAGACAACGUGUGCUGUAUCUGGCAACAGGAUUAGUGCCUUGAUGGGUGUUGUAUCUGGCAAUAGGACUGGUGAUUUGAUGAGUACUGUAUCUGGCAACAGGACUGGUGGGGAGAUGGCGGAUGCUUUUCUUGUUGGGGCUGACGACGAUGCUUUGGAUACCACCUGCCCUAAAGGUAUGGAGGCUACACGUUUUGUGGUUAGAUGGACUGCUAGUGAUGUUUUGCCUGUCGAUGAGGCUCGGAGAAUUGCUCUUGUUUUUGGUGUUAAUGCCACUUCAAUUGUAGGUGCCGACGUCACUUGUGUCAUGCCUGACGAGACAUGUGUUGUGAACGGGGAUGUGGCGGGGGAUGCCACGUGUGUUGCAGCUGCUGGUGCAAGUUGUGUUGUGGAUGGCAAUACCGCUAUAGUCUCCAGUUGUGUUGUGGCCUCCUUGGCCACUCCUGUUGUGGCUGGUGACGUGGCUGGUUCAACCACAUGUGGUGCAGCUGGUCGUUCAGCUGGUACUGUGGAUGGUGCCGCAGGUGGAGACGCCUCUUCUCUUGUGGCUCCUGCUAGCUCUCCUCCUGUGUCCGGCAACAUGGCUGGCGACACCUGCAUAGUUGCAGUGGCCGACGUGGCUGCAUACGCCGCUGUAGUUGCUGAUGCUGGCUGUGUGAGAAAAAGAUACAAUGGAUGA